AUGACCCUACUUCGCCUAUCACCGCUGGUACAGCGCAUUCAAGCAAAUUCCCCGUACAUAGACAUAUACACCAACGCCUCGACGAGUCCGCUCCGAUCCCGUUCCUCAGAGAAGCACGCGACACUAACCCUAUCACACGCACACCCUGAACCGAAGAGGUGGGAAAAUGCUGGGGGCUGGGGCGCAAGGCAUAUAAACGACAAGGCACCUUUCAACCUAUGGGACGAAAAUAAACGGGAAUAUCGAAUGCCAACAGGAAAUGAGUUGAAAUGGCUACGAGUGAAUUUUGGAGAUGGCCAAAUUGGAAUGUCGGGAUGGUACUUGUGGAUCGAAACAGCCAAACCACCGCAGCCAGUACCGCUCACGGUGGGAUGUAUGCCGGUUAUGUUCAUCGGCAUUGGUGAAGAACAUCAUGAACCCAUCCCCCAAUGUCUAUAUCCCAGUCCUCGAAUUGGUGACCCAUGCCCUACUGUUCGGUGGGCCAAGAUGGAAUUCCCUACCAAAGAGCAGAAUGCCGCUAUCCUCACCGCAUUACAACCUCUGGCAAGUGUCCGCGAAAUUAUUUAUAUGCCACAUUGGACCAUUGUUGAGCUAGAGUAUGGGGAUGGUCGCCAUUAUGAGCCUAGGUCCCUUCCAGGUACCGUGGCAGGACGGACAACACUAUAUCAUCACGCUGAAGCUCGUUUUUACAAAUCAAUGAAGAAUAUGACACGAGCACGCCGUAUCGACCCUGCUCAGCAUCCUCCGAUGAAUCUUGGACCCAUGCCGCAAGAUGCGCACAACUAUCUCCGGCAAACAUCGCAUUUAAGCCCAGGCUGCAGACUAGAAUAUGGCUUUGGUAUGACAGGUUCACAUGUUGAGGGUAUUAACGCUGCAACAUCGGCAGGGGUAAAGCUCAGACGAGUUGAUGGACAAGAGGUGUUGACCGCUUCUCACCAUGGGUUCUUAAUUUCUAGUGAAGUUUAUCAUCCAUUUGCCGGCGAGGACAAGAUCGGCGAUAUCAUCGAUACCAGGCCGCAACUUGAUAUAGCACUGGUUAGACUUACGCCUACUGCAUCUGCAAAAUUCACAAAUACUUGCUACUUCCAAGCUGAAACUCCGCGGACACUUUUAAGAGGCUCUGAAAUUAUACAAGGUUCCUGGUCGGAGGUCGACGGGAUGAGCUCAGGUCUCGUAACACUUUUGACGUAUGGAAGGCGUUUCUUGAAGCCCAAACGACCGGCUGGACAUCCAGAAAUUGACUUCAGAGAAUGGCAGUCAUAUUCGGUUGACGCAAUAUUCGGUGCGGUGAACAAUACUAUAUGUGAAGGAAUGUGUGGGGCACCAAUCGUUCAAUGCGAGGCCGGCGGAGUUGGAGGGUUCUUCCAUCUAUCCGAUGGAGUUAACUGCUUUACGGCUCAUCUAGACGAUCUUGUCGCUGAGGGAUGGGAGGUUGCGUAG